AGGCGAUGCUUUUGUGCUUCCCCAAGCAUUGCCAGAGACAGGCUGAGCGUGCUUAGUGAAGGGGACUCAUCUCUGCACAGAGCCCCAGUGUGGAUGGGAGAUCUCCGCGAGGGAGGCUGUGUUCAUUAGGUCCCACCUGGAGGACUCAACCUUCGGGCCAGCCAGGAUGCAUCGAAUGAUGAAAGAAGAAUCAAGCUACAGGACAAGCAGCCUGGAAAAUGCAACGCGCGACACGAGCAAAGAGCAGCUGCAUGUGAAGCUCUGCAAUGGGUCCUGCCAUGCUGAGCAAAUCCUACAGACACUGAACGCCUACCGGCGUGGUGGCAUCUUCACAGAUGUGGUGUUGUUAAUUGAUGGACAAGAAUUCCCCUGCCACCGUGCAACUUUGUCAGCCAACAGCACUUAUUUCCGGGCGAUGUUUGGUGGCAAUCUCAAGGAAAGCCAUCAGAAUAUCAUCAACAUCCAGAAGAUUUCUGCUUCCACCAUGUCUCUCCUUCUUGACUAUAUGUAUGGGGGGAACAUUGUCAUUCAGGAAGACAAUGUUGAAGGCAUCUUGGAACUGUCUGACUUGCUGCAGAUCUCCAAGCUUAGGGAUGCUUGUAUCAGCUUUCUUGAAGGCCAGCUUCACCCCUGCAAUUGUUUAGGCAUCAUGAAGUUUGCCGAUUCGUUCUCCAUCACUUCCCUGACAGAAAAAAGCAAGAGGUUCAUGCUGGAGUGUUUCGUGGAGGUGUCGUGCCAUGAAGAGUUCCUAGAGAUGGGUGUGAAGGAACUGGUUGAGUAUUUGUCUGAUGAGCAGCUGGUGGUUCCCAAGGAGGAGGUGGUCUUUGAAGCAGUCAUGCGCUGGGUACGACACGACGUACCUGCCCGGAAAGGAGCCUUGAAGGAUCUCCUUGAGCAUGUACGUCUGCCACUGCUCAACCCCACCUACUUCCUGGAGAAGGUGGAAAUGGAUGGGCUCAUCCAGGACUCAAAGGAGUGCAUCCCUCUGCUGCACGAAGCCCGCAAGUAUUACAUCCUUGGGAAUGAGGUCAGCUCUUUGAGAUCGAGGCCCAGAAGGUUCAUGGAGCUGGCAGAAGUUAUCAUCAUCAUUGGGGGCUGUGAUAAGAAAGGCCUUCUGAAGCUGCCCUUCACUGAUCUCUAUCACCCAAAGAGCAGGCAGUGGACGGCCCUCUCCAGUGUGCCUGGCUACACCAAGUCAGAGUUUGCUGCUUGCACGCUGAAGAAUGAUGUCUACAUAUCAGGGGGACACAUCAGCAGCAAUGAUGUUUGGGUGCUGAGCUCCCAGCUGAAUGUCUGGAUCAAGGUUGCUUGUCUGCAGAAAGGCCGAUGGAGGCACAAAAUGGCAACGCUUCAGGGCAAGAUCUACGCUGUGGGAGGUUUUGAUGGUUUCUACCGCCUCUCCAGUGUGGAGUGCUAUGACACCUUCUCCAACAGCUGGUCCACCUUGGCUCCACUGCCACAAGCAGUGAGCUCGGCAGCCGUGGUCUCCUGCCUGAACAAGCUCUACGUGCUGGGUGGUGCUGUGGAUGACACUGCUAACACUGACAAGGUCCAAUGCUAUGAUCCAGAAGACAACAAGUGGACUCUCUUGUCUCCCACUCCUUUCUACCAGAGGUGCAUCAGUGCCGUCUGUUUGGACAACAUCAUUUAUGUUGUAGGUGGGCUCCUCAGUAAAAUCUUCAGCUAUGAUCCAAGGAAAGACAGCUGGCGAGAAGUGGCUGCCCUCCCUGGCCCUCUGGAGAGCUGCGGCCUGACGGUGUGCGGAGGGAAGAUUUACAUCCUGGGUGGCCGAGAUGAGAAUGGAGAAGGCACAGACAAAGCAUUCACUUUUGACCCUGUAACGGGGAGCGUGGAGCAGCAGCCCCCGCUGCAGCGCUGUACCAGCUACCAUGGCUGUGUCACCAUCCUGCAGCACAUGAACAGAUGACGGUGGGGCUUUGGCAGCACCUUUCUCCUAUCCAGAUCCUCCCCUUGAGUCAGUGGCUACAUUUGUGGACAGACAGCAGUCUCUCUGCGGGGAAGGGCAACAUAAGGCACUGAAGAUGUGCUCCCACCAGGCCCUGAUCAACCUGUGUUUUGGUUUGUUUGUUUUUUUUCCAGGUCUGAUGAUGCCAAUGGUUUUGACGCUGAGAGGUGAGAGGAUGAAAGUGCUGGGCUGUAUGAAAACUGCAUUGCAGACCUUGCCACCUCCAGAUUUAAGCAGGGUUGCGACCCCUGGAACUGCUGAGUUUGACUUCUUUUAGGUUUCCCUGAAUCGUAGAAUGGUUUGAGUUGAAAGGAACCCCUGAAGGCCAUCUGGUCCCACCACCUGCAAUGAACGGGGGCACCCACAGCUCCAUCAGCGCUCAGAGCCCUGUCCUCACUGCCCGUAUUGUAAAAUAACUUAUUCUUACAUCUUACAACUUAUUCUUACAUGGAUGUAGAUCAUGAUUUUCUGUACUGUUGGUACAAGGGCAAUUAUUUGCUUCUGUCUGACACCCAGGGCUGUUACAGACACAAUUACAUUUACAGGAUCCAAUUCUUCAGCUCUCAGAUAUCGAUGCAUUUAGCUCCAUAGAGCCCUGUGUCAACCCAUGCUUGCCCAAACAGUCGUUGAUGCCCGUGAGCAGUUAGUUCUACUACAGUGGACAGCUGAGUUUGAGAUCUCAGCUGAUAUCCCAGGAAAACUUCUCUGCUAAAUCCCUGAAAGCUUGGUUAAAUAGGCCACACUCUGAGUCCAUUCUGCAUAUACUGCAGGGUCUAUCUCCUGAAAGCACAGGGCACUGUCUCUUCUAUGUGUUUCAAGAUUAGUCUCGCUGAGACUUUGUCACUGAGGAGAAAGUGAAUCAUGUAGCCAAGAGGUGGUUCUUCAGAGAGCAGUGGGAGGCAAGUUAGAAUGUGUAGAAGUUUUGUUUUUUUUUUAAUUAAAAAACAAAAACCAACAUCCUGAAGUGUGAUACCCACAGAACUGCAUCUGGCUCCUUUUGGCUUUGAAGGAUGCUGACAACUAGGGAAAUAAACUCAAUAUUCAACAGAUUUGACAGAGUGCCUCUGGGAGCCUAAUGUGCAGCUUGUCUCAGGGCACAUCUUCAGUAGCACCACCUGUGCUGCUCCAGGGUUUUGACCUCAGGUCCGGAAGUGAACCUGUUUGAUUUAGUAGAGUAGCCAUAGCCUGUGGUAUGUCUUAGUCCAUGGCUGGAACUGAUAUUUUCUGAUGAGUCUGUGUAUCACAGAAUGGCCUGGGCUGCAGAGGAGCACAGCGCUCAUCCAGCUCCAAGCCCUGCUGUGUGCAGGUCGCCAACCAGCAGCCCAGGCUGCCCAGAGCCACAUCCAGCCUGGCCUUGAAUGCCUGCAGGGAUGGGGUAUCCACAGCCUCCUUGGGCAACCUGUUCCAAUGCUUCACCACCCUCAGUGCAGGCAUUCAUGUUGUUCAAUUAGGUCCUGAAGUGUUACCAAAUGUAGGGUGGGAUCUCUUAAAAAUGCUCAUUAUUUAUACAUUCACCUCUCUGCACCUCGCUUUCCUCUUUCCACUGAUGACCUCUUCCUGAAGUAGAUGAGAAUCCUGCUGUUGGCCCAGAUUCUCCUCUUUUCAGAAUCUUCUAAUGAUCUUAAGCCGCCUCUUAUUGCCUCCCUCCCCCAUAUGGAUGGAUUUUCUUUGGUGCUCUUUAAUAUCUCUGUCUUCUGUGAGUGCUGAGAUGUUCACCUCUUCUUCGUGAUGUUAUCAGGAUGACCUGAAAAACAUGGCAAGAAGUUCCUGCUGAAGACCCCAAAUUGGCUGUUAGCUAGAUGUGCUGUUCUCUCCUUUUCAUUAGGAAACCUGUGCUUUUCCAUUGUUGGAGCAGUGUGUUUCCUUGCACAAAAUGUACCAAAUGCUGCUUAUAAUCUGAAAGGCCUUGGUGGCCAUUUUGUUUAUGAAGGCACACUAUGCAUUCUCAGCCUCAAAUUUUCCUGAGGGCCUGUGCACAGUAUGAUGUGUCCUUCAAGCAAUAUAAAGGAGAUGUAAUGGUGGCAAAGGUUACUUGAAGUUUUUAAGAGACAUGUGGAUGUUUAAGAAGAUGGUGUAGAGGUGGGCUUGCAGUGGUGGUUGGAUGGUUGGGCCUUGGGGAUCUUGAAGGUCUUUCCAACCUAAAUGAUUCUAUGAUUCCUCCAAGGAGAGAAGACAAAAUCCAAGCUGGCAAAGGGCAAUUUAAUUUGCAAUCAAAUUGCAUCCACAGUUAUGUUUAUAAUGCAAAUGGUCACUUCAGAAGAAACUGUCACUUUUCAUUGGUAUAAAUUAAAUUAGUGUGGAAGAAAGUAUAAAGUAUCAACUCAUGUUAUGGCAGACUUCAUGAACAGAGAGCCCUUUGUUCUCCUGUAGCCUAGUGUUCUGAGGACCACAGAUCGCAGCCCAUCUCCCCAUAGAAAUAAAAAAAAAGCUCUUACUGUUCCCUGUGCCUCCAGCAUUUCAGUCUUUUGGACAUCUCUGAUUUACCCUCAUCUUGUGUCUGGUUGAAGAGGUUCUCAAUUCUCCGAAGGGCUGGCUGUACUUGGGAAACCACUGAGGAUGCUUCAAGAAAAACAGAGCACCCCAACCUUGCAAAAGCAUUGAGUGUCAUGGCUUUUUGUGUUCUGUAGCUAUGUUUGGGGGGGAACCAAUGUGGUGGCAUAAACGUUUGGACUUUUCCUAGUCUUACAAUGGGUUUUCUCUUUAAGCAUCUGACAUGAAAGCUGUGCUAAAGAGGAUUCAGGAUGUGGGGUGGUGGUUGGUUUGGUUUGGUUUGGUUGUGGAUGCUAUUUUUGUUUGGGUUUUUUCUUAAGUGGAAAUUUUCAGGAAUUUGUGGUUUCACACCAAUAAAGUUCAGUGAGGAAAACCUUAACGCCGCUGUUCUUCUUGCACGUUCUUUCUACAGUCUUCCCUGAUCUCCCUCAUUCUUCUAGGAGUCUCUUGCUGUACUUCACCCCUUAGUCCUGUAGAAAUGAGCUCUCUCAGAAGAGUAGACCUUCUGGUCAGUUUUCCCAUGUGCUUUUGACAUGUGUGGUGUGUUGCAGCAGUAACACGUGGUGAACGUUGUGGUGUAGGUACUAAACCAUUUGCCUUGUUCUUGGUUGUGAUAUUCAUAUUGCUGCUGAAAUGUGUUUGUAUUUUGUAAGGGCUCUGAACUGUGGGCAUGCAGGGGAGGGAGA